GUCGCAGAGAACGCGGUGUCCCAUUGGGGGUAUCGCCAAUCGAUGGUGGCUUCAUGUUCGGCUCACCCAAUCGAACUGUAACUCAUCUUCUUCCCACCUCGACAGAUAUACAUGAGUAACAUGACUUCCUUAGCCUUCCCGUCAAACGAGAAGUACCUCCUCGUCGGCACAUCUGGCGACGCGCAUUACGAAUUAGAAGUGUUCGAAGGCCACCUACUCGCCAAAUUAAAAGAAAGGCGAUCAGUGGGGAAGAAGUUUCGUGAACACCCGAUAGCAAGUCUGUGGUGAGCGGAAACCUUGACGGAAAGAUCUGUAUAUGGGACGCGCCGAAUCUACCCGUGCGUCCGAACGAACCGAUAGACCUUAAUAGGAGCCCGUUGGUGCUGCAAUCUAUAACGACGCUUGAAGGACAUCCUGGGCUUGCGCGGUGUGUGCGAUUUAAUCCUGGACUUGGGACGACGGCGGUAACAGAAUUGGUGCGUUG